GCUCGUGCACACCAAUCGAUAAAGGGUUCCCUUUUAUCGCGGUGCAGUGCACGUGCGGUGAGAGCCGGGUCUAGAGUUUUUUUUAUUAUUAUUGUAUUUAUUUGUCGUGAGGGCGUUAUACCGUGUUUACCGUCAAAACUGAUGAGAAAACAACUAACUUUAAAGUAGCCCGCGUGUGUGUGUGUGUGUGUGAAUGGUGGAUGAUGAGGAAGACAGUGGUGGUCCCGCUGCACGAGCUCGUGCGGGUUGUGCUCGCGUGUGCGCUGUUCGGUUCCGUCAGCGCGCGGAGCUGCUCCGAGUCCAGGCGCGCGUACGGAGAGCGGGGCUACAGCGCUAGCGCGGCGCCCCUCAACGCCAUGUCCGGCGAACACCUGCGUUUCUGUCCUCGUGAUUACACGUGCUGUACAAGUGUGAUGGAAGAAACGCUGGUACGGCAAAGUGAAGCUGACUUCCUGUCCUCUGUUGAGGAGACCAGUCAAUUCCUGCUGACAAGCUUCACCCACACACACCGUCGUUAUGAUGAGUUUUUCCGUGAGUUAAUUGGUGUAUCAGAGAAGUCAAUGAAUCAGAUGUUCACUAAGACGUACGGACGGCUGUACACACAGAACACACGCCUCUUCCAACAACUUUUCACACAGCUGAGACAAUACUACACAGAUGGAGGUGUGUAUGUAUCAGAAGCUGUGUCAGAUUUCUGGACGGAGUUGGUCGAGCGGGUGUUCACUCUGUUGAACCCUCACUAUCAUUUCAGUGUGGAUUAUCUGGAGUGUGUAAGCAAACACACACAACAUCUGCAGCCAUUCGGGGAACUCCAACGCAAACUCAGCACCCAGUUGUCUCGUGCUUUAAUUGCUGCGAGGGCUUUAGUGCAGGGCCUUUCUGCAGGCAGAGAGAUUGUUAACAAAGCCAUUAAGUUUAGUGUAAGUGCAGACUGCGGGAAGGGUUUGAUGCGUCAAUUGUACUGUCCUCUAUGUGGUGGGAGUCCCUCGCUCCGGUCCUGCCACCCACUAUGCCUGAACAUCAUGAAGGGCUGUCUGGCCAAUCAUGCAGAGCUUAACUCGGAGUGGAACCGCUUCAUUGACUCUCUCCUCUCUCUGGCUGAAAGACUCAAUGGACCGUUCAAUGUGGAAUUGGCUGCUGAUUCUGUAGCUGUGAAAAUCUCUGAAGCCAUCAUGCACAUGCAGGAGAACAGCAUCAGCAUCUCCACCAAGGUGUUUCAGGGUUGUGGGAAUCCCCGUCCGGCCCCCAGUAGAACCAAACGAUCACCUAGAGAACGAGAGAAAGAGCGUAAGACUGACAGAGAGCGAGACAGCAGAAAGACCUUCAGGACGUUCAGUCCAGAAGAAAAGCCAACAACUGCUGCAGGAACUAACAUGGACCGACUGGUAUUGGAUCUGCAGCAGCGUCUGAGGCCAAUGAGGGAGUUCUGGGUAAUGCUGCCCCACUCACUCUGUAACGAAGACAAAAUGGCUGCCGAUGUGACCAAUGAGGAGCGCUGUUGGAACGGAUACACACGUGGAAGGUAUGUGAUGAGUGUCACUGCUGAUGGUUUGGUGAAUCAGGUGAACAAUCCAGAAGUGGAUGUUGAAAGUUCUCCAGACAUCAGAACGCGUCAGCUACUCAUGGAACUUCGAGUUGCAACGCACCGUCUCACACUAGCACACCAAGGAGUGGACACGGACACAGUACACAGUGAUGAUGAGGACGGGAGUGGAUCUGGAUUGGCUGAUAGGGAGGACCUCUACAGGAACGAUUGGCCCAGUUCAUCACGAAGCCCAGCCCACCCUUAUAAACCCCGCCCUCGGGACAGAAGUAGAGUUAAUGGUUCGGGCAGAUCAGCUGUCGAGAGAGCAUCACCUCUUUCCAUCUUUUCUCUCUGCUUCUUUAUGCUGCUCUGUCUCAUUCUCCAGUAACGAUUGAAAAUAACUUACUGUGGUAUACAUUCAAAUUAAUCUGUCAUUUUCACAGACAGAGAGUACAGACAGACUAAAAUCAGACAAUAAUCUCACACUGACUUUGUAUGUAUUUAUUGUAUGUGAGUGUGUGUGAGUGUGUGUGUUUACACAUAAACGACCUUGUGCAUUUGAUACUGAUGUUAUUCAAAGUUUUGGUGAACCAAUCUACUAACCACAAUCUUAAAACGAAAGUCGCCAAUCAAUCAAAAACAUUCCUGUUGCCAUAGAGUCAAAGGUAAACUGUGACUGUUUUCUACUGUUUUACUGGUCUUUGUUCCAGAAGUUUCUAAAAGCAAACACUGUUCCAUGAUCGCAACAUUAUAGUGCGACUCGUUAUGCCCUAGCUAAAUUAGCUAAAUUAUCUGAUAGCUAGCUGGUUCAGUUUGAUGCAUUAAACAUUUAUGUGAGAAUUUGCUGGAAUGUUUUUGGGACUUAUGAAUGGAAGAGAUCAAAGGCAACUGAGAAAGUAGAAGUCACUGUUCUGCUUCAGUAAGUGAAUGUUAAAGCUGAAUGUUUUGUUCUGCAUGACAUGGUAGGACUUUAUUUUAGAGUAAGGGUUAGGAUUACUAUUGAACAAACUUGAUCUCUGAGGUAACUACAGACUGUGUUUAUUUAUUUAUUUAUUUAUUUAUUUGUGAAAAUAGUGCAAAGUUCAUAUGUCUCUAAUCAGUAUUAACAUUUUUUAGAACAAACCACUCCGACUUGUUUUUGAUAAUGGGAAUUUUGUAUGGAAACUUCUAAUAAA